GAGCGCCCUGCCCCGCGGGAGCUCGUGCGGCCGUCGGUGACGGAGCUGUCCCGGGCCGUGCGGACCAACAUUCUCUGCACGGUGCCCGGCUGCGGCAAGGUCCUGCCCAACAGCCCGGCCCUGAGCAUGCACCUGAGCAAGGCCCACCGGGUCCAGGAUGGAAAAAUAAAUGCAUCAAUAAGGAAGGGUUUGAAAACUACACAGAAAUUCUACUGCUGUCCUAUUGAAGGCUGCCCUAGAGGACCAAACAGACCAUUUUCCCAAUUUUCACUUGUAAAACAGCACUUUAUGAAAAUGCAUGCUGAAAAGAAGCACAAAUGUGAUAAAUGUAGCAACUCAUAUGGCACGGAAUGGGACUUGAAACGACAUAUAGAAGACUGUGGCAAGACUUUCCAGUGUACUUGUGGGUGCCCUUAUGCCAGCAGAACAGCAUUACUGUCUCAUGUUUACAGAACGGGCCAUGAGAUCCCUGCAGAGCACAGGGAUCCACCUAGUAAGAAAAGGAAAAUGUGCACUGAGGUUUCCAAUCAGCACUUGGCAGAGAAAGCGAGUGAAGCAUUCAUCAAUGCACGCACCAGUAGUACUUGCACUCAGGAAUUGGAGUCAUCUGAGAUGAAACUAAUGGCCUCCUUUGAAGGCUCCUGCAGUUCUAAUAUCAGUAAGCAAACGCUCUCACAGCCAAAGUGUACACCGAAGAUGCUUUUGCCAAAGCCCAAAGUAGCUUUGGUUAAACUUCCAGUAAUGCAGUUUGCUCACUUGCCUAUUUUUGUAUCAGCAACAGAUUCCUCUGUCAAACCUGUUGUAGUGGCUGUUGAUAAUCAAGGCUCUGUUAUGAGUACUGUUCACUUAUUACCUCAGUCUAUAGGAAUUCUGAUACCAGCAUUGGAGGCUGAAGCACUUGUAUUUAAAGACACAGUGCCUAUUUCAAAAACGGCAAAUUCUGGUGAUGUUGAGCCAGUUAGCACCAGUGUCCAAGUCAAUUUGGGUAAGGUAACGUCAAAUAGUACAGUACAAGAGCUGGGGAGCAUGUGUCACAAGAAUAAAAUCUCUUCAAUAAAUGUACAAACUGACUUAUCUUACAUUUCACAGAACUUUAUGCCAGCUGCAGCCUGGACUCCUGAUUCUUCUGUAUCCUCUUGCUCUCAGACAGACCUGACAUUCAGUUCACAGGUUUCGCUACCAGUUAGUGUUCAGACUCAGACACUGUUGCCCAGUUCUAAACUGACUUCAUCCAUAGCUGCCCAGACUGAUGCUUUUGCUCAGGCUUGUUUCCAGUCAUGUGGUGUUUCUAGAGAGACUCAAACCAAUAGAAGGCAGAACUCUAUUGAUGGGAGAGUACAAAUGGACCAGGCUGUAAUGUGCAAUGACAUUUUUGACAGUGUUCAUUCAGCUUACAAUGUUUCAACCCAGAUUGGGCUCCCAGAAAACAAUGUAAUGGCUGCAAACAUGGAUCAAAGAUUGCUACAAAGAAGUAACUGCAAGACCCUGAGUCAGGAUACAAUAAAAUCUGAACCCAUUAUCAACUUCAAUACACAGACUAAUAUACUCCCGCAGCAAAAUAUGACAGAUAAUCAAACCCAGACAAUGGACUUACUAAGUGAUCUGGAAAACAUCUUUUCAGGUAACAUGUCUGGCCAGACAUUGGAUAAUCGUGGUCUUUUGUCUGACACUAGCUCUGGUGCUGAUACACAUCUGCCUUCUGGCCCUACACAGAGCACGGGAAUAGACUUUGACAUUGAAGAGUUCUUUUCAGCUUCCAAUAUUCAAACACAAACUGAGGAGAGUGAACUUGGUAACCUGAACUCUGAGCCAGUCUUGGAAUCUCUGGAUAUUGAAACACAGACUGACUUAUUUUUUUCAGACAGUGCCACUCAAUCCUAUAGCUGCAGAGGAAAUUCUAACUUCUUAGGUUUGGAAAUGUUUGAUACCCAGACACAGACAGACUUAAAUUCCUUCUUAGACAGUAGCACCCAUUUGCCUUUGGGAAGUAUUUUGAAGCAGUCCAGCUUCUCCAUGAGCACUGACUCAUCUGAUACCGAAACCCAGACAGAAAUACCCUCUGCUGCUAAAAAUAUACCUAGUCAAAAUAUAGAAAAUAAAGUCCAGCUGAAUAGUGCUGAAACACAGACUAUGGAUAGCUGCUUUGAGACCCUUGGAAGCCUAUUCCUUACCAGCAAUGAGACACAGACAGCUAUGGAUGACUUUCUUCUGGCUGACUUGGCCUGGAAUACAAUGGAGUCACAGUUCAGUUCAGUAGAAACACAGACCUGUGCAGAAUUGUGUUCCUUGGUUUGUCAGAAGUUUGGAACAAGCCAUUGAGUGCUACUUAAUAAAAUUGUUUUCCUUGUGGUUUGAAACUAAGUUAUUGGGGUGGGGAGCGGGAGAAGGAACUGACCAAGUUGUCUGCGUUGAAUGUAGUUGCCCAUAUGCAGUUGGUCUAAAAAAAACCUUUUCAUGCAUAAGGUACUUAAGCUGUUGUAUAUGUAACUUAAACAUAGAAUAUGUAUACAUGUUUGUAACCUGUUAAUGUAAGUUUGAACUUUUAAAGUGAAUGUUCUUGUGGUGCCUACCGUUGUUGAUCUGUGUUAUAAAGCUAUAUCGACAUGUCCAUUGAACCUCAGUUCAGGCUUUUAUAUUUGUCUAUACCUAU